UGCCCUUGGGAGCUGGUGAGGACCGCCCGCCGGAGUCUGUGUUCCAGGUCUCCUGACGCCAUGGGCACCCGAUACCUCCUGGCUCUGUUUCUCAUCCUCCUGGUAUUGGGAUUUGAGGUCCAGGGGGCCCCUACGCCCCAGCAGGAUGAGGCCGCCAGCCCCACGCUGUUCUCCCAGAUGCAGGAAUCACUUCUCGGUUACUGGGAUUCAGCCAAGAACGCCGCCCAGGACCUGUACAGGAAGACCUACCUGCCCUCCAUGGAUGAGAAAAUCAGGGAUGUGUACAGCAAAAGCACAGCAGCUGUGACCACGUACACAGGGAUUUUUACUGACCAGCUCAUAUCUAUGCUGAAGGGAGAGGAGUAA